AUGAACACAAAACAUUCAUCAAGUAGAGUUUUGGGGCAGCGCUCGAUUCCUUCAACAUUCCUCUUCCGCUCUUCAAACAGGUCCAAUGAUUAUACAGAAUAUGUAAAGGCCAAGCCUCCCGAAAAGGGUUCGCGGGUCUCACUCUCUGAUUUCCUUGACCGGAAGCUUCAGAAAAGUUCUGUCCCACCCAAAUCAGUUCAGGGCAAGGAGAGGCCAUUUUCGUCCCCUUUGGGCAGUAGCAAUGUUAGUGGAUCUACUGAAGUACAGAAUGAUGAUAAGGAAAGAGGUGAAGCAGAGGUGAAUGGUGCUUUUGAUGCAGUGUUUGAAAAGUUUAAGCAUACUAGAAAAGAGAAUGAAGAUUGUAUAGGCCUGUGCACUAAUGGUGAGGUUGGAAGUUCUAGCACAGAUGAUGUGCAACCAUCAAGAAAAAGGAGUCGUCCUUUUGAAGGUGGUGAAUAUAAACAAUCUGCUCACAAGCUUUUAGUAGCUCUUGGAGAUGAUCUGAGGAACAAGCCAAAAGUAAAGAAGAGUUUUGCUAGCAAUGAGAAAUCAAGGAAGCUUUUCAACCACUAUGCAAAUGGGAGUGGCUGGUGGGACUGUGAUAUGGAAGGCGUUGAUAAUGAUGAAGUAGGGUGCAAUGAAGUCUGGGAAGGGCUAGGCUCCACUACAUUGGGAGGACUGGAGUGGCAUUAGACCAUUUUUAGUAAGUUAGCCAUAACUCUGGGCAAGUGAGCUCAAAAUGGAAAACUGACCACUUUCAAAACAAAUGGAGAUAUUUGAUCGUUCACCUCUGGCAUCCUGAAAUUUCUAAUGUAUUAUGCAGAUGUUAUGAGAAUUCAGACCAUUCAAAUCCCUUCAUACAUAUUUAUGUCAUCUAUGGUUUUGUUCAGGACAACCUCAUAGAUUGGAUGCUUGUUGACUGUCUUAACAAUUUUAUGGAUUUACUUUUAUGUUCUAUUACUCAAAGUUGCUUCUAAGAAAGUUUCGAGGCCCUUUGGGGGACAAAACUGCUGUUG